AUGUUUACUCUUGGUUUGGUGGUUCAGCCUGAGCACACAUAUGAGGUGUCUGUUUAUAACAUACCUGAACACACUGUUGGAGAUUAUAGAAUUGUGAAGAAAAUUGCCAUUCCAGGAUGCCAUGACAAGAUAAUGAAACACUCCCAGAAGUGUCGUGAAAAUGGAAGUCUAUGGGUGCCAGGGAUGAGUAGUCAUGCAUCUUUGGACAGGAUUCAGAAACUAUUGUUCAUUGUGGUUAGUUUUAAAACAUCUGAGUACUCAGAGAGAUAUGAUGUGUCUCUAAAAAGCCCCGGUGUUUUCUCCUCAGAGACAGUCUUAAAGGAAAACCAAACAUUCAUCAAUGUGACAUUUGGUUUGCAUGCACCACACUGUAAAAUUGUGAUUAAGAUUCAACCAUUUUUCAAACAAUGCAACAAUGACUGCUGGUCUGCGGAGCAAUCCUUUGAUUACUGCUUCUUUUAUACACGUACAUCGAUUGCGAAAAUGGUUUUUGGAUGUGCCAUGGCUGGUGCUUGUAUGGUUUAUUUUCUGUUGAGGACCUGUGCUACAUGUUUUCAUCCAAUUAGUCAAGAAUCAGAGUCCAUGCCACAGUCUGCUGACAACGGCACCCCGGAAAGUACCCCAAUGGCAAAGCAAAAAAGAUUGCUGAUCAUCUACUCCCUAGACCAUCCCUUGUACAAAAACAUAGUCCUGAAGCUUUGUAGUUUUCUUAUGGCUAAAUGUGGCACUGAGGUAGUACUGGACAUGCUGGACUCCACUCGACUUGGCGUGGUUGGGGGCCUUCAGUGGCUUGAGUGGCAUAAACAACAAAUAGAAAAGUCCUCAGAUAAGAUCCUAAUUCUUUGUUCAAGAGGUGUGCAAGCCAAAUGGAGCGCCAUGUGCACUGGCAAGGAGGUCCAACUAAGAGAGGAUGUUUACUCGACUGUUGGGGAUAUGCUCAUCCCUGCUCUCUGCCUCAUGGUGCCGGAAUUUGUUAAAUCUCCAUCUUUUGAGAAAUACAUUGUCGCCUACUUUGAUAGCGUUUCCACCGAAGAUGACGUACCAUCACCAUUUAACAUGACAGUCCGGUACAAACUGAUGAAACAGUUUGAAGAGUUGUUUUUUAGAAUUUUGGAUAGUGAAAAAUACGAGAUGGGGCGAGUUAAUAGGAUAAAGGGGCUAUCAGAGGAAGACUAUCACCUUUGUCCCACUGGGGGGGCUCUAAGAAAAGCCAUUGAGGAUUUCCAUGCAUACCAAAUGGAGCAUCCACAGUGGUUUGAAGAAGAGUUGAUUGAAAAUGCAGAGAUGGAUAGUGACAGUGAUUUUGUCUCUCUAUGUCAAAAUGAGGCAAGCCAAAUUGUGAGUAAUUUAGCACCCGAGGCAACAACGCUUCUUAUAAGUGAACAGCAAGAGCAUCUAAGUGUAAAGAUUUGA